AUGGCCCACCACGACCCGUUACAUACCGCGCCAACCAGACGCAAUUUACCUAUUGAGGUCUCAUACUCCAUCGGUCCUUGCAACUCGUCCAUGGAUCACAACGUUUCCCAGUUGGAGCGGAAACCUGACAGGAAUGACGGAUUUCAGCGCUAUCUCGAGGCCACCGGCGCUACCAUUUACCAAUCAUGGCACCCUCCGCAUACAGCCUCGCCAUAUCCGGUCCAAUCAGACGGCCAAUUUCACAUUCCAAACAGCCAAUCCCAGAAUCUUGGGUUUCCUGCCUCGACGUCAUCGUUCAUGCAGCCCAGCGUGGCACAGGCGGACUACCAUUAUCCGAUGAACGCCCACGCCCCAUCGACUGUGAUGUCUGACCUCCCACUCGCCAGGGAAAAGUGGUUCAAUAGACCUCCAUUGCUGUAUCCAUUCCAGUUCACUUAG